AGUUGCUUCUCUUCCUUUUACACUUUAGUGGUGAGGUAGGUUUUGCAAUGCCUGAGCCCGCCGAGUGCGCUCCGGCGCCCAAGAAAGGCCCCAAGAAGGCGGUCACCAAAGUGCAGAAAAAGGACGGCAAGAAGCGCAAGCGCAGCCGCAAGGAGAGCUACUCGCUGUACGUAUGCAAGGUGCUCAAGCAGGUCCACACCGACACCGGCAUCUCGUCCAAGGCCAUGGGCAUCAUGAACUCGUUCGUCAACAUCUUCGAGCGCUUUGCGGGCGAAGUGUCGCGCCUGGCGCAUUACAACAAGACGGCCGUGCGCCUGCUGUUCCCCGGGGAGCUGGCCAAGCACGCCGUGUCCGAGGGCACCAAGGCCGUUACCAAGUACACCAGCUCUAAGUAACUUGUCUUCUGAAACAGCGUCUAUCCAAAGGCUCUUUUAAGAGCCACCUGCGUUGUCUCCUAACUUUAACUCCAAACCUACUAAAUCUGGGAGAGUCAUCGUAAGAAGCUUUAAGACCUCAGGUCUCCCCUCUUGUAAUCAUCAGAGUUCAAAUGUGCAUGUCACUGUUAACGGCGUAUUCUCGGGAAGUCAAAGGUAGGCUGGGUUCUGGUUUGAUAUCUUAACUACAAUUUCCUCCUGGAGGCGGUUUCCUCGCUUUAAUUUUUUCAUCCCCAAUACCUGUGUUCGAGAUUAAUGGGAAAUCUGGCUCCUAGCUUUGAAUGGCCCUAAACCUAUGAUAAAAUUAUUUUUGGGAAAAUGAAACUACUUUUGUGACUUGCUGUUAGGUUGCGAAUGGUUAGAGGUGCAUCCGGCGGCGCAACAUCACUGCAGCUUGCGUUUCCGAAACCACAGCCGAUCUCUGCCCGUCUUCUAACUGCGCAGAUAAAAACAAACCCACUAGUUUUACCGAAAGUCUUGAGUUUUCACGCAGCUAAACAUUACCUUUUGUCAAGGUCAGGAACUUAUCAUCCACUAGUUUUCUUCUACACUGCGUAAUAUAAAAUGAUAUAAGAAACUGAAAACCUGAGCGAGAGCAAGUGAAAGACACCAGGGUCGCGUAAUUCCAACAACCUGUGAUGGGGGCGGGGCGGGGGGAGUGAUGAUACAGGGUUCUGCCUCAUUUGUCAGCCUCAAGAUCUUCCUUCCCAAGAAUUCCCAAAGUUCUCCGUAAACCUUCUCUGUGUCCUAGAAUGACCUUUUCCACAGUUACUUCUUCAUUCCCUGAAAUUUUAAGGGAAGAGGCUUACAAGGAAUUAAUCGUGUGCUCCUUAGCAUUUCACUAGUUUUAUCCUAUAAUCACCUGGGACGUGGAAUCUCCCAUUCUACAGGUGAACGACCCAAGAAAUUAAGGUUAAGUAACUAGAUUCUUAAAUAUAUUAAUAAAGGAAAUGGAUGACUCCUUGUCUGUGUAAGUCUAAGGACUGUUCCCACAGUUUGUUAAACUUUAUCUCAAGCAAGAGGCUAAGCAAUCACAGGAAAGGGGAAUGGAGCUCAAAGGGCAACCAGAACAAAUAAGAAAAUACCG